AUGGAUUCAUGGGAUGACGAUGAGUUUGAAGUGCCAUCGGUGACAAAGGCAGAAGUGACCAACUGGGAAGACGAGGAAGAAGAAGAUGAACCGUUGAUAGCUUCCAAGCCUGAUGCAACUGUAUCAAAGGGACUGAUCAAGCCGAAGCAGAUGAAGAAGAUGAAACUCAAAGAGAUUGAGGAAAAGCAAAAGAUGGAAAUUGCUCUUACCAAGGCACGACUCGCAGCUCAGGUGGAUGAGACUGACGAUCAGCGUCGUGCCCGUGAGAAAGCUUCGAUUGAGGAAGCGGACUUUGAGAUGGCUAUCGAUGCAUUUGCUGGUGCUCCUCCCAAGCCAGCGGCCGGAGUCACCGAUGACACUGACGCUGCCAUUUCGUCCAUGCGGCUACUAUCACUUGCUGAUCAUGAACACUUGGGUGACGUGGUAUCAGCCCGAUUGGUAAAUUCCAACUCAAAAUACGCACUUGAGUGUAUUAAAGUGAUCUUGACCAAGGCUUCUAUGAACUUGACAGCUGACGAUAUGAAGGAGAUUACGACCAUCGUCAACGUUGUUAAGAAUGAAAAAAUUGCAGCUACUAAGCCUAAAGGGAAGAAGAAGAAGCAGACUGGCAAGCAGGGAUACGCUAAUGUUGAACGUGGUGUCGGGAAUGGCGCCGGCACUGGAGGCAAGGCUUACGCCGGCUACGAAGACACUUAUGACGACUACGAUGACUUUAUGUAG